AUCCAAAUUUUUUAGUCUUGCGGAAAACCUCACUUGAGGGGAAGGCGGCUAACCAGGGGAGCUCUAUUUGUUUGACCCCCUCCAUUUGCUGCUGCAUGCAACCUAGCUUCAUUGGGGGCCCCCCUAACCAGCGGCUUCCCCUUCAGGCGUCGAGCCCCCUAAGGCAAAGGGACUUGUCCGACUCCUUCCCCUUGCCGCUAGUGACCUGGCUGAGGGGUAGACGGUAGGCUAAGGGACCCCCAGCAAGUCCGUCCUUUCCUAUCACUCUUCGUUUUUUUGACGAAAAGUGAGAGUAGGGGGAGCAGACCGGUUAGGGCUCCUCGGUCAACCACCUCCCCCUCAAGUGAGGUCACCGAUGACAAGUCAUGUGCUUGGUGACUCACAUGGGAGCAGUAGUCGGCCAGGACCUCCCACCCCAAAAGGCAAAAUUUUUUUUUUAAAAAAUGGUCUCAUUCCUCUUGAUAUUUAUUGAAACUUUUAAAUAAUAGAUUCUUAAAACUUUAUAUCAAUAUGUGGCGUCUUAGACUAUAUUAAUAGUUGUAAUAUAUUUGACGCUGCUAGCACCAUAUAAGCGUCCACAUCAGCUUUUUGUUGAAGGAAUCGACAGCGAACUCAACUGUAAGACGAAAUCAGAAUUGGAGGAGCGAAUUGCUGGCACAAUUCAUUCGGACCUUUCAAGUGAUGGCUCGUUACGAUUUUGAGGAACAAAGUGUUUAGUUUUCUCUAAUUAAUAAUAGUCUAAUUUUGUAUUCGUGGCCCAACUCAAGCUUGUCCGAGGCGUAUCCUUGUCGGCUCGUGAACGUCUGGGCCCAUGUUUUGAUUGGGCCAAUGGGCCUUAUCAGCUCAAAAGCCCAAUCGGCCCAAGGAGCUGAACCACGUUUACUGAAUCUUCAGGAACGGGAGCCGUGGAGCCGGAGCUAUACCCCGACACCGCCACCGGCGCCGCGGCCUGAGCAAGCACCAGGUCCCCCGGCGGCCAAAGAUCGGAACUUUGAGCUCUUCCCUUCCCGUUUAUUUGUAUUUCCCCACCAAAAAAAUAUUAUUUUCCUUGUCGGGGUAGUGUGCAGUAUCUCAUAUCAUGCAAAGGGGUCUGACUGUGCUCCCGCGCCUCACCAUUGUACCCUCCUUCACCAGAUUUUGUAUGAAAAAGAUGAGUACAAAUCCUUCUCCAGUUGUCCCCAAGUUCAUCUCUGUGGAAGCCCGCGAUAUCCACUCUAGGAGCCAACCUGAUGGUAUUGCUAUUACCUUACUGCUACUGUUACAUUGGAGGGUCUCUUUCCUCUUGUUAGCAAAGUUGGGAGUUUUGAUGGAGUUUGUGGCCUUGGGAGCUAAAACCUGUGAACUGAUACAGUUUUUGAAUGUUGGGUUCCAUACAGGCUUCAGAUUCCGUCUUGUAUCGUACAAUGUAUUGGCUCAGGUUUAUGUGAAAAGUUCCUUAUUCCCUCAUUCUCCAAAGGCUUGCCUCAGAUGGAAAGCUCGAUCCCAGGCGAUUUUAACUGUUCUUAAUAACCUCAAAGCUGACUUUUUAUGCUUACAGGAAGUGGAUGAGUACGACGGAUUUUACAGAGCUAAUAUGGAAAAUAGUGGUUACACUGGCAUAUAUAUUCAGAGAAGUGGACAGAAACGUGAUGGUUGCGGCAUUUUCUAUAAGCAAGACAGGGCAGAGCUGGUUUUAGAGGAAAGGAUCGAGUACAAUGAUCUGGUAGACAUGAUCCAAGAGAGCACGGAUUCAAGUGAUAACUGCAAUGAUGAACCAGGCAAUGGAAAUGAAGAUGUUGAAACAAAACCUGAUUCACCUACAAAAAAGUCAACUGAGGACCGUGGAGAUCCUAACGAUCCUCGUGUACGAUUAAAACGUGAUUGUGUGGGAAUUAUGGCUGCUUUCAGACUCAAGGACUCUUCAGGCCGAUUAAUUAUCGUUGCAAAUACGCAUCUUUAUUGGGAUCCAGAAUGGGCAGAUGUGAAGCUCGCUCAGGCUAAAUAUCUUUUAUCGCGCUUGGCUCGAUUUAGAACCUCUGUCUCGGAUAAGUUUGAAGCUGUCCCACCUGUUAUUGUUGCUGGUGACUUCAAUUCAACCCCCGGGGACAAGGUGUAUCAGUACCUUGUUUCGGGUGACUCCUCGUCCUUUGUGCCUAAAUGCUUGGAUGAGCUUCCAAUCCCUUUGCGGAGCGUCUACGGUUCUACUAGAGGGGAGCCCCCUUUUACCAACUGCACUCCCAGCUUCACAGACACGCUUGAUUACAUAUUCUUCUCCCCUUCUUUGUACCUUAAGCCGGUCAGUUUCCUUGAGCUUCCGAGUCCAGACUCCCCCGACGUGAGUGGUGGGUUACCAAACAAUUACCACCCAAGCGAUCAUCUACCAAUUGGCACCGAAUUUGAAAUCGCACCCUGAUGUGAGGUGGGGUUUUGAUCCUUUACUUCUGAGCCCUGACCGUGACUGAUCGCUCAUAGCAUUGGAAUUUUUGCUGUCAGGGAGUUUGUUAUUCUUAUUGCCCGUUCCAGGCUAUUUGUUUUUUACGUACGUUCUUGUUCCAGUUGGUCAUUGGGGAAUCGAGUUAAUAAGUUGAUUACACCUGAAUUUACAUUCAACUUGUGAAAAUUAUAUGCUUGGAAAGAUUACCGAA